CCACACCAGGCCUUAUAUACACAGUAUACGGUUGUGGUGUAUAUAACAGGAAGACACCACUGAGUGAAUGCCAUCAUCGCACUGAAGAUUUACAAACUUUAUGUGCGGAGUACAUACUGAUUAGUGAGUGUCAUCCGGCGGGCACUUUGGUUUUCGACAUCCUAUGGUAACGAAAUCAUUUUCGAUAAGGAUCGUUUUUGACAAUAAUUAUACCUGGUAUUUUUAAAAACGAAGUUGGAAAGAGACAUCGGACCGAAGAUGCCCGAAACAGCAGAUCCAUCAACUAUUAUAGUUCCUUCAAGAAGUGUAGUUGCGUCAAGCGAAAAUGAGAACAUCAUUUUGAAAAUGGAUUUGUCAGACAACGAACACAGUAUUAAAGAUGAGCUGUCAUACCGGUCUGAUGAUCAAAGUCACGAGGACAAUUUAAUGGAAGACAGAAACAUAGAAAAUACCAUCUCCACAAGCACAACAACAACGACAACUACUUCUGGGAAUUCGUCAGGAAAGGCGACAUACCACCGACACCCCAAACCACCGUUAUCGUACAUUGCACUAAUUGCUGCGGCAAUACAAGAAUCGCCUACCAGGAAAUUAACUUUGGCAGAGAUCAACGACUACCUGAUGAAGAAAUAUCCCUUCUUUCGCGGUAGUUACACGGGUUGGCGGAACUCGGUCCGACAUAAUCUCUCUCUCAACGAAUGUUUCACGAAAGUCCUUCGUGACCCGUCUCGUCCUUGGGGAAAGGACAACUACUGGACAAUCAAUUGCAACAGUGAGUAUACUUUCGCCGACGGCGUCUUUCGGCGCAGAAGAAAAAGAAUCAACAGGAAAAAGUCGAAAAAGAGCAAGGAGAUUGGAUUGACUGGCCAUCAUAUCGCGGUUGCAGGAGAGAAAAAAUUCAACAGUCCCUUCGCUAUUGAUAAUAUCCUUGGAAAAUCAUCGGACGAUGAGACUCAUCUACUCCACACUGUGGCGGUGUCGGCUCCUUCGCACUGGCACAACGGAUUUUCGACGGUAAAUGGUAUCGAGCACCAAAGACUCAUUUUGCAGCAGCAGCAGCAACAACAUUUAUAUGAACGAAAAUUGCUCGGUUACCCUGUCCCCAGUACGGGUCUGCAUGCUUUCUCUCCUGUUGCGGUAGCCGCUACAGCGCACCACGCGAUCAUUCCUGCUUAUUACCAAAGUCUCCUGCAGUCCGGUUACAGGUACCCGGCGAUGGAGGCUCUCCAACAACACGUCCGCGCGCAUAGUCACAUCAGCGGCACGACACACCAACUACAUUCCCACCAGGCCACACAAGCCUCCGUGGCGGUUAAACCAUCUACGGCUGCCAUAGUGUACUCUACCAUGAUGCCAGAAGACUUACGCGUUAGCAGCAGACAUCAGCGGGACGGUGCGAGCUCACAGACGCGGCGAGCAGAGCCGUCGCUCCGACAAAGUACAAGUAGUUUCAGCGUGGAAAAUUUGAUAUCUUAGGAACAGUGUUAAUAUGUAUUAAUACAGGUAUCGUAGUGUAUGUGUUCCCGAGCUUCAACCAAACUCUGUUAAGUCGGUGAGCACGUCCUGAAAUGCAACAUAAAUUGAUAAUCGCAUUACACCGUUGUCAAGAUGACAUUGUUUAAACGUUGGUGGACUUUAGUCGAACAUGGAACGGAUAAAACGCACCACAAUUGUAUGCGAGGCAGUAGCCGCUCGGGUGGUAUAAAAUAUCUCUGUCAAAUCGGCAGCGUUAGGUGUGUAUAAUACGAUAUUUAAGAUCCAAAUUAAAAUCACUGGCUGCAUGUUUUUUUCUUUUCUUCAAAUGUAUGUACUAAAAAGGCAAUUCUGAGAAACCCAUAAAUAUGGCGUUUCUAAGUACUAGUAUUACAGUGAAUUCAUAUUUUAGGGCUGUUUUUUUUUAAUUUCAGGGUUAAUGUAAUAAAUGUUAUUGUGAUUUAAAAAA